AUGUACAACAAUCUAGUAAAUCCAUUACUGCUGGAAGUCUCAUGGUAUCAUAUCCCGUUCGUAGUGUUUAUGAAGACCGAGGAUCUCGAUCUGCCAGCAUUCUACUUCGAGCCGCUUAUCAAUCCGAUCGCGAUAAGUGAACUUGAAAAGACCGUGGAAAAUCUCCCCAAUGUUGUAGAAAUGGAGGAAUUUGAACUUCUGGAAGACAUUGCGUCAAUAUUCGAGGAGGUCCCAUUGUACACUGACAAUACCAGUAAUGAAAUUGCUUUGCUAUGA